AUGCUGCUCCUCUCCAUGCUGCUCCUCUCCAUACAUUCUCUUAUUGCUAAGGAAAUGACUAGCAGCAAAAUCCCAAGGCGACGCGGGAGAAUUGACAUGGCACCCCCGGCUGGAGCUGUUGAGGUUGCUACAGGCAGCAAGAUCGAUGGCCUGGCACUCAAGGAUGCUGGCAUUCAGAAGGAUCUCUAUCUCUUUGUAAAUGGCAAGGAGUACAAGCUUAAACCCAUGCAAGACUUUCAACCGGACCAGACUCUGUUGACAUGGUUGAGAUCUGUGGGGCUCACUGGCACGAAACUUGGCUGCGGUGAAGGAGGAUGUGGCGCCUGCACUGUCUCGUCGUCUCACUACGAUCCCGCCUCACAGAAGGUUGUACAUCGGGCGGUCAAUGCCUGUAUCACCCCAGUGUGUGCAAUGGAAGGAUGUCAUGUAGUCACAGUAGAAGGGAUCGGAAAUUCCAAGAUCGGGCUGCAUCCUGUGCAGAAGCGGUUGUCGGACAAGCAUGGUUCUCAGUGCGGAUUCUGCACGCCGGGUUUUGUGAUGUCCAUGUACUCCCUGUUGCGAAACAACCCAACGCCAAACGAGCAUGAGGUCGAGCACUGCAUCGAUGGAAACUUGUGUAGAUGUACGGGAUAUCGACCGAUUCUUGAAGCCUUCAAGACCUUCUGUCCCGGUGAAAGUGAGGAAAAAUCGGCAAAGAGCAACGGCUGCUGCAAUGGAACGUCUCCGGCGCCGUACAACCCGAGUAGCGAAAUGGAAUUCCCUCCGCAGCUCCUGCCGUCAAAAUAUUCCUCGCGCGACCUCCAGUUCCAAGGCUCCAGGUGUACAUGGUAUCGCCCGACCUCAAUGAGCAGCCUGCUGGCGCUGAAGGCCCAACACCCUGCCGCAAAGAUCGUCGUCGGCAACUCCGAGCUGGAGAUCGAGCGCAAGUUCCGUAGCUCCAACUGGGAGGUCCUCGUGUGCACCACGCACGUCCCCGAGAUGAACGAGCUGAGAAAUCUAUCCAACGGGGUCCACAUAGGAUCUGCUGUGACCCUGUCAAGGAUCUACGACCACCUGAACCAGCUGCUGGCCAGCAAGGAGGAACACUCGACGUACAACUUCAAGGCCAUGCUGCAGCAGCUCCGGUGGUUUGCGGGGACGCCGAUUAGGAACGUGGCGGCCAUAGGAGGCAACAUCUGCAACGCCUCCCCCAUCUCAGACCUCAACCCGGUGCUGAUGGCGUGCGGUGCUGUCCUGACUCUCAUCAAGGUCGACGGGUCGACCAGGGAGAUCUCUGCCAAGGAGUUCUUCAAGGAACGGAUGUACAGGCAGACUCACCUCGGGCCGGACGAGCUCCUUCUCUCAGUCUUCGUUCCUGAGACGAAGCCGAUGGAGUUCUCGCAAGGCUACAAGGUCUCUCGCAGGAGGGACGACGAUAUCGCCAUCGUCACUGCCGGCCUUCGCGUCCGCCUCGAGCAGAAACCCGAAGGCUUCGUGGUUGUUGACUGCGGUCUUGCCUACGGUGGCAUGGCCGCGAGCUCGGUGAACGCGAAGAAGACGGAAGAGUUUCUGAAGGGUAAGACGAUGAGUCACGAGCUCAUCCGUCAGGCUCUUGAGGUCCUCCCCGACGAUCUCCCGCUCGCCGACAACGCGCCGGGAGGGAUGAUCGAGUUCCGAAAGACUCUGAGCGCCAGCUUCCUCUUCAAAUUCGGUAUCUUCGUCCUCCAGCAGAUCGCUCCUGCUGCUGUCGACCCGGCUGAACAGAGCGCGGGGAUCCCCUACAGCCGGCCGGUGAGCAGCGGGUUGCAGCACUACACUGAGACAGGUCACAAGAUCAUCAUGGACCCAGCCGGUCAGGCGAUGACGGGCCCGUUCGACGUGGAGGGAGGAGUCGGCAAGGCUGUCAAGCACCUAGCUGGAGACUUGCACGUGACUGGAGAGGCGGUGUACGUCGACGACAUGCCCAACCCUCCUGGUGGGCUCUAUGGUGGACUUGUGCUGAGCCAGAAGUCCCGAGCCAGGCUCGUGUCGGUGGAUCCCUCGCCUGCUCUAGCGCUGGCUGGAGUACACGGCUACUUCGACCACAAGGACGUGGAAGGGAACAACGUCUUCGGGGCGGUGAUCUGGGACGAGGAGGUCUUUGCGACCAAGGAAGUCUUCACGACCGGGCAAGUGAUCGGUAUCGUCGUCGCAGACUCUGCGAUCCUCGCGCGACAGGCGGCGAGCAUGGUGAAGGUGGAGUACGAGGUGCUGGACGCCAUCCUUUCCAUCGAGGAGGCAGUCGCUGCGGAGAGCUUCAUCGGGGACGAGGGCAAGAUUGAGAGUGGAAACGUCGACGAGGCCAUGGCAAAGGCAGAGAAGCAGAUCAGCGGAGAGGUUCGCAUCGGAGGGCAGGAGCACUUCUACCUCGAGACUCAGGCUUCACUCGUCGUGCCCGGUGAAAACAACGAGUUCAUCGUCCACACUUCCUCCCAGAACCCCACCAAGACCGCCAACUACGUUGCCCACGUCCUCGGCAUCCCCAAGGCCAAGGUUGUGUGCAAGGUGAAGAGGAUGGGAGGAGGCUUCGGCGGCAAGGAGACGAGGAACGUCUUUAUCAGCAUGGCCUGCGCCGUCGCUGCCAAGAAGCUCAACCGCUCUGUGCGGAUCAUGCUCGACCGCGAUCACGACAUGUGCAUCUCCGGGCAACGGCACCCGUUCCUGUCCAAGUACAAGGUGGGCUUCAACAAGGAUGGGCUCAUUACAGCGGUGGACGUGAAGCUGUACAGCAACGGGGGGAUGUCGUUGGACCUCUCCCGCCCUGUCCUCGAGCGCGCCAUGUUCCACAUCGAGAAUGCCUACAGCAUCCCCAACGUCCGAGUGACUGGCAGGGUCUGCCGCACCAACCUCCCCUCCAACACCGCCUUCCGAGGCUUUGGCGGCCCCCAAGGCAUGAUGGCCUGCGAGGCCUACAUGGAGCACGUGGCAAGAGAGCUUGGGGUGCAUGCUGACGAAAUUCGAGCGAAGAACCUUUACCCCACGAGAGGAGGCGUCACCCCCUACCGGCAGGAGCUGGUCGACUGCCACCUGCGGGAGAUGUGGGCCGAGCUGCAGUCCAGCUGCGACUACACGAGGAGGCGAGCUGAGGUGGAUGAGUUCAACAAGAAGAACAAGUGGAAGAAGAGAGGAAUCAGCAUGAUGCCUGUCAAGUUCGGAAUGUCAUUCACUGCCAAGUUCAUGAACCAGGCUUCGGCGCUCGUCCACGUCUACACGGACGGGACCGUCUUGGUCUCGCACGGAGGCACCGAGAUGGGGCAGGGGCUGCACACCAAGAUGUGUCAGAUCGCCGCGUCCGAGCUGGGGGUCUCGCUGGACAAAGUCUUCGUGACUGAGACCGCAACCGACAAGUGCGCCAACACUCACCCGACCGCCGCGUCCGUCGGUGCGGAUCUCAACGGCUUCGCCGUGCAGGACGCGUGCAAGCAGAUCGCGGCCCGGCUCGAGAGGUUCAGGCAGGCGAAGCCUGGGGCGACGCUCGCGGAGAUCGCCAUGGCGGCAUGGCUGGACCGGGUGGACCUGACGGCCCAUGGCUUCUACAAGACGCCUGACAUCGGAUACAACUUCCAGACGGGAGAGGGUCGGGCCUUCCACUACUUCGCCUACGGGGUCGCGUGCUCGGAGGUGGAAGUGGACGUGCUGACCGGAGACUUCUCGACGCUCCGGGCUGACAUCCUGCAUGACGUGGGCGACUCGCUCAACCCGGCGGUGGACGUGGGGCAGGUGGAGGGAGCCUUCGUGCAGGGGAUGGGGCUCUUCACGCUAGAGGAGCUGGUGUGGAUGAACAACGGCCAGCUCUUCACCCGGGGCCCGUCGACGUACAAGAUCCCUUCCGCCAACGACAUCCCGAUCGACAUGCGGGUCAAACUCUUCGAGAACUGCCCCAACAGGAGGACCAUCUACUCGUCCAAGGGCGUCGGAGAACCUCCCCUCAACCUCGCCAUCUCCGUCUUCAACGCCAUCCGUGAAGCGGUGGGGGCGGCGAGGAGAGACGCUGGGAAGGAGGGUCACUUCCGAAUGGACACGCCGGCCUCGUGCGAGAGGAUCAGGUUGGCUAUGGGUGACUUCAUCCUUGGCAAGUACGCGGCCUCCGACGUCUUGGCCAAGGGCUCCUGGUGAAGGAGGAGAGCAGGAGGAAGAGCGGGAGGAGGGGGUCAUGGAGCUUCAAGGGCUGAGGCGAGGGGAGAGUUUGAUGGUGUGCUGGUUCAAUCUUCGUGUGUGGAUGUUGCAAUGAUGUUGAGGAGUGAGAGCUGCUGCUUGUUUCUAAGUGAAAGAGGAAACUACAUUACAAGCAAAUCAAUAAC